AAGCCCAUGGCUAUGAUUAACCCUUACUGCGAGGGAGCCGCCGACGGAGAAUCGUAGGAGUGUCAGACGGAGCCAAGCGCCGCAAAGUGCAUGGCUGCCCGAGGUGCAGCCUCCGAGCCGCCCAGAGCUGCUUUACUGCCGCCAGCACCAGCCACUCCCCGGCCUAGCCUCAGCCCAUCAGACCCGUACGCCGGACACUUCUCCAUCACUAGAGCUUUGAUGGAUCAGAAAUUGCUUAUGUCCGAUGCCAAUUACAAUCACAAAAUAUCGGGUAUACCAUGUGUGGCCGCCGCUUCAAGGUACACUGCACCCGUUCAUAUAGAUGUUGGAGGUUCAAUCUACACUUCAUCAUUAGAAACACUUACAAAGCAUCCAGAUUCCCGUCUGGCACGAAUGUUCAAUGGUAGCAUUCCGAUCGUUUUAGACAGUCUGAAACAGCAUUACUUCAUUGAUCGUGAUGGUAAAAUGUUCAGACACAUAUUAAACUUUAUGAGAACCAACAGUUUAUCCCUCCCCGAUGACUUUAAUGAACUAGACUUGCUUUACGAAGAAGCAAAAUUCUACGACAUUCCUGCCAUGGUUCGGCAAAUCGAGCAAUUGAAAAGAGAAAGAGGGAAAAAGAAAGUUGAUGCCAUAUGUUCUUCUUCGUCUCAAACCAAGAAUGGGCGAAAAUACCAUGAAAAUCAAAAUAAUUCACAAAGCGAAUGUAGUAGCAGUCCAGGAUAUGAUUGUCCGGGUGAAUUUCGGUGUCUCGCUCUCAAUGUCAGUCCAGACCUGGGAGAAAGAAUAGUGAUCAGUGGCGAAAGAGCACUAGUCGAAGAGAUAUUUCCAGAAAUCGGACAAACUUUGAUGGAUGCUCGAAGCAGUGUAGCUUGGAAUCAAGACUCAAAACAUGUGAUUCGUUUUCCUCUUAAUGGUUACUGUAAACUAAACUCUCUACAAACUAUUGUGAGACUUUUGAAUAGUGGUUUUCGAAUAUUAGCCUCUAAUGGAGGAGGGGUAGAGGGCCAACAGUUCAGUGAAUAUUUAUUUGUUCGCAAAUGUGUACCUUUAUGAGAAAUCUAAAGGAAAAGAGGAUAAGAAACUGUGAUUAUGUGCCAUUGUUCAGAACCAGACUAUAGAGAAGUGCAGAAUUUUCUAAGAUACGAAAAAUCUAGUGUGGAAAAGUUAAGAUUCCACAGAUUAAGGUGCCAAGAUAUAAAGUGUAUAUUGUAUCAACAUUGUUACUAAUUUUAAUUAUUGUUGUACACAUCUUGCUGUUUCCCUAAAUAAAUCUCAAACUGUACGUUCCUCCAGUUUCAAGGAAGUUUCAUUGAUUCCAAAUUGUUAUAAACUGUUAGAGCAUCUGUCACAUGGCCAUACCUUUGCAUGAUUGUUUGAUGUUAUAGUCUUUGAAAGUUGAAUAUUCAAAACUGUCGUUCAUGAAACUUUAUACAUGACCUAUAAUUUUAUUGACAAAUUUCUUUUCAAUCAAAUCAUCAUCAGCAUGUAGUAGCCUAAAGUACAGCCUUGGCUUCUAUUCUAUAAGCAUAUAAAUCGAAUAAUUUGAAUAA